CCCGCCGUCGGAAUUGCAACCAAAACCCUCGCCUGCACUCAGUGCUUGAACCUAUCCCUAUCCCAAACCCCAUACCUAUAGAAUCAUCCAAUUUCCUCGAAUAGACUCUCGUCUAGAGCCGCGGAGGGGCGUUAAGUUUUCUGUUCUGUCUCGUGCAUGCUGCUGCAGCAGCAGCAGAAGAUUAUCAAAAAUCUGGAGGAUGAUAUCAGAAGUUCAACAGUCCCCCGGGGCCCGGCCCCAGCCCCGGCCCCAGGGCCUGCAGGUAGUAGUUACAGUACAUCCAUACUCAUACGUCCGGUGUAUGUGCUGGCUAUACAGUAGUCUGAGUCCUGUACUCCGUCCUCCAGUCCGAAAUCCACCAGAAUCAAGCGCGGAUCGACACGACCAUCGCCUCGAUCGGGUGUGCGGGGAGAAAUCCGUGAUUGGUGCAAUAUUCUGCGAAGAAGAAUCUUUGUUCACCUAUACCCUCCAAAGCCAUCCCGCCCCGUUGGGAAACCAUGCUCCUCCAAGAAUGAUUUCAUGAUCGCGUACCCGUCUGCAGUGCAAAUCUCAUGCGUUUCUGUCAGGGAAAGGGGCAAAGAGGAGGGGGCGGGCGAUCCGGAGUCGCCGAGAUUGAGGGGGAGACAGAUG